AUGUACAGUGUGAGUAGCGAUGGCCAUUUGUCAUUUUUGCUUAUUUGUAUUUUGCUUUCAGAACGAUUGGAGCAUGUUCCGCUUGAGGUGGAUGCGUAUGCGCCGCAGUGCAAUAGCACUUCAAGCUUUCGCAAUGCCAGAGCUCUGCUCAGGCAAUACCUGGAGGAAAUUGGCUACAGCCAGGAGAUUCUGGAUGUUCGUUCGUUUCGAGCCAAAAAUUUGCUCGGACUUAUGUCUAAUUCAGACUGGCCGGUAGCUGAUUCAAACAGGUAUCUUGUGGUUUGUCCCGGAGUACUUACUCGCUGCAUCUAA